GUUCUGUGGGCGACGUAAUGGUUCUUGUUGAGACAGUAGGUCGGACGUUUUGAUUCACAUCAACAUUCUGUCAAGUGGGUUUCAGUCUGAAUCGACAUUUCUAGAAAGGGAGAAGAGGUUGUGUGCACACCUACGCUGUGAGCUCCUGAAUAAUUUUAAUGAUGCAACAGCCAGUUUUUGGGAGAUUGUGUGCACUCUACCUCUGUACUUGAACUACCCACUGUGACCACUGCCUUUUUCUUAGGUGUAUUUUUGUAGUAUGUGAAAUCUUGAUCACAAUUAUACACUAUAGAUUACUGUUAUGAAUGUAGCUACACCGGUUGGUGAUUUGAAUUAAUGCAAAUUUAGAGGUUCAACAUAUGUCUGAUGAUCAUCAUGUCUCACGGAUUUGCGUCGUACCACCCCCAGCCGCAGGGGGGCAGACGCGAGCGCUCAGACCAACGAGAGAAUCAACAGGAACACUUCCUGUCACAGGAGGAGGAGGAGGAGGUGGCGGUGACGGUGACGGUUACCAACUGACCGGGGAGCGGCGCUCAUCGACGCUGAGCGGCUGCAGUGGUCCCUUGUUGGAGGAACUAAAGCCGACCUCAGAUCAGCUGUCGGUCAAAGUCGAGCUCCGUGCGACGAGGACGAGCUCCGGCGACGGACCGGGCAACAGGCCAACAUGUAGGUCUGAACCAAAGACAGAGGCGCUGAACCUUCAUCUGCGGCCCAUCUCCAUCUCGGACUGUCGGACGCAAUAUGUGGAAAAAGUCUGUGAGAUCUCAGCGCUGGAUGGGGAAGUUAAAGAGAAGCCACUUGUCGACUCUGGACGACCAGGGACGAUCCGGGUGGUUCCGAUCCACCGGCGUCCAGAUUUGCUGGCUCCCUGCGCAGACCUGGUCAACACCGAGUGGCAGAGGAGUCAGGCCGCCCGGGUUCACUCGCUCGAGAAGUCCUGUCCCGAGUUCCCUGUCUGCCUGGUUCUCCUGCAAGGCCACGGAGAGGUGGAGCGGCUGCUCGGCCACGCCCGGCUGUCCCGGGUCGUGGGUCACAGCAGCAGCCUGUUCGUGGAGUCUGUGGUCGUGUCCAAGGCGGAGCGAGGGAGGGGCUACGGCCGCACUCUGAUGGAGGAGACGGAGCGCUACUCGAAAAGCCGAGGGUUCGAGCGCCUGUGCCUGACCACGCACGAUAAGCAGCACUUCUACGCGCACCUCGGCUACGCCCUGACGACACCCGUGCAGAAUGCAGGCGCCAUGAUGUCGUUCGUUCCCAUGGAGACGCUUCUGAGAUUCUCUAGAAUGUCGAGUGAAGAGAUGAGCUCACAGAAACAAACGGGGACAAUGACGGACGCUCAAAUACCACGACGAGACAGAGGCUCUGGAAGCACCUGUGUUGUAGGGUCACCUCCACCUCCAACCCCUUGCUCCUCCAUCACUUCUCCGCCUCCUCCUCCUCCACCUCCUUGCUCUUCCAUCACUUCUCCACCUCCUCCUCCUCCACCUCCCUGCUCUUCCAUCACUUCUCCACCACCUCCACCUCCCUGCUCUUCCAUCACUUCUCCACCUCCCCCUCCUCCACCUCCUUGCUCUUCCAUCACUUCUCCCCCACCACCACCACCACCACCUCCCUCCAUCCCCUCUCCACCUCCUCCCCCUCAGUGUGCCGGGCAGCUCGUAGUUCAGACACUGACCCAAACUCCCUACAGAGACGCCAAAGGAGUCCCCAUCUUCUGGAUGCACAAGGACAUUUGAUGAACACACAACCAGAUACACCUGGCAAUGUUUUCAUCCACAUUAAUGCACACAUGCACAUUACAUUUAUAUGUUCAAGAGACGUGCCAACAUGAAGCGCGCGCACACACCGUUUAUGGUCCCUCAGAUACGCAGAAAACAUUUUGGUCAAACAGGAAGCGAAUCCAUGAAUUCCCCUGCUGAAGGAAAAAUGGAGCCAGAAAAUAUCACAACUACAGAAAUACACAUCAAAGUGGACCAGGUACAAAUGUUUCGCGUCCCACCAAUUUAAUUUUUUAGUAGAAAGCCAAAAGAUAUCUGACAUGAAAACUGAAUCUGUAUUUUACAACCUGCCUUUUAUUGUUUUAUUGUUUUUCUUGUAGGAUAUUUUAAAACAAAGCUGAAUUUUGAAAUUGCAUUGCGGUCAGACUCCUUCACUUAUUUUAACUUCACAAGUGAUGUAAUGGGCAGUAAUUUGAGACCGUUUUCACUUUCACCAGCUGGAGGAGUAACGUUUUUGAAGACCUUGACAAACGUUCAGGAUUUUGUGAUAUUGAAACUAUCAACAGUUAAAAAUCAGUCCAUGUCCAGGAGGCAGCCGCCAACAGCUUGAAACCUCCAUAUGAGAGUGGGACACGUCUCACGUUCUGCCAUUCACAGAUGAUGGGAUGUUAUGUAACAACGAGCUGCUCUGCACCUCGGAUGUGUUCAAACUCUCCGUCUUCAUCUGCUGCUGUGACAUUAUGUCACAUUGUGAUUUUAUGAUGUGACACUGCAGGGUGGAAAGUGCCUUGUUGAGCAUCCGGAGAACUUAAGAUUUAUAAAUGUUUUAAAGAUUUUUUUAUAUUUAUGAAACUGAGACAUGAUCUUUUCCAUGCUGAAAAAAUAUGGUAAUAAACAUAACUCUAUGAAAUAUU